GAGGCAGCUGACUUCCAAUAAGAGAAAAAGAGAGACAAAGAGACAGAGAGACUAUUUAUCUUGAACUCUUUGUUGUUCAGGCAUUGGGUUGAAAUGGUGCCCACCAUUUUUCUGAGUACCUUUGGGCUUUAUUUUACUGUUGCUGUGGCUUCAGAACCGCAGUACAUUCUAUGGGUCUCCUCUGUGAUGCAGAGUCAUUCUACAGAAAAAGCUUGUCUCCACCUUUUAAACCUUAAUGAAUCUGUAUACUUGAGUGUUGUCUUAGAGGAUAAUGAAUUCAAUACCACUAUCUUUGAGCAGUCUGUGGAGGAGGAGAACUUCUAUGAUUGUGCAGAUUUCAAGGUUUCUCAAAAGUCCUCUGAACAGUUGGCUUUUGUGACAUUGCUGGCUAAAGGAGAUACUCUUAAAAUCUUUGAGAGGAGGUCCGUAGUACUCACUUCAGAAGAGACAGUGACCUUUGUGCAAACAGACAAACCAAUCUAUAAACCUGGAGAGAAUGUUCAAAUUCGCAUUGUGACACUGAAUACCAAGUUCAAACCUGUUGAGGAUUUGUAUCCUUUAAUCACACUUCAGGACCCUCAAAACAAUGGGAUUUUUCAAUGGAAAAAUGUGACUUCUUUUCAAAAUAUUACCCAACUCUCAUUCCGAUUAAUUUCCGAACCAAUGUUUGGAGAUUAUUCUAUUGUCGUGAAAAGGAAGUCGGGAAAGACAUUGACACAUCAAUUUACUGUUAUUAGAUAUGUGUUACCCAAGUUUGAAGUUAAGGUCAAUGUACCACAAACAGUAACUAUUUUAGAUGAUGAAUUCCAAGUGGAUACAUGUGCUAAGUACACCUUUGGCCAGCCUGUGCAAGGGAAAGCCCAAAUCCGGGUGUGCAGAGAAUAUUAUUACUCUGGCAAUUGUCAGACUGACAACAAUGAAAUAUGUGAACAAUUCAUUGCACAGUUGGAAAAUGGUUGUGUUUCUCAAACUGUAAACACAAAAGUCUUCCAACUCCACCGUUCUGGACUUUACAUGUCAUUUCUUAUCACUGUAACUGCUACAGAAACUGGGACAGGUGUGCAGAUUAGUAAAAAGGCUUCUAUUACCACCACUCAAUUGCUUGGGAGUGUGAACUUUGAGAACAUGGACACUUUCUAUAGAAGAGGAAUUCCUUAUUUUGGAACUCUUAAAUUUUCCGGUCCUAAUGAUGAACCUAUGGUGAACAAGUUAUUGCAAUUGGAGCUCAAUGACAAAUUUAUAGGAAAUUACACCACAGAUGAGAAUGGUGAAGCUCAGUUAUCCAUUGACACUUCAGAUAUAUAUGAUCCAGAGUUCACCCUUAAAGCCACAUAUAUUUACCAUAAGAGCUGCUAUCUUCCCAGCUGGUUGACGCCUGAGUAUAGGGAUGACCAGUUCUCAGUCCCACGCUUUUACUCCCGAACUAACAGUUUCCUGAAGAUUGUUCCUGAACCAAAGCAACUUAGAUGUGAUCAACAGAAAAUUGUUACUGUGCAUUACUCACUAAACAGUGAAGCAUAUAGUGAUGAUUCAAAUAUAAACUUCUUUUAUUUGAUGAUGGCCAAAGGAACUAUCUUCCUCAGUGGACAGAAGGAAAUCAGAAACGAAGCGUGGAAUGGAAACUUCUCAUUCCCAGUCAACGUCAGUGCUUAUCUGGCUCCUGUGGCCACCAUGCUCGUCUACACCCUUCAUCCCGAUGGAGAAAUUGUAGCUGACAGUGUCAAAUUCCAGGUUGAGAAGUGCUUUAAAAACAAGGUUAGCAUAAAGUUCUCUAAGGAGCAGGGACUACCUGGAUCCACUACUAGCCUCUAUCUUCAGGCAGCCCCUGAUUCGUUCUGUGCACUCCGGGCUGUGGAUAAAAGUGUUCUACUGAAAUCGGAAGAAGAGCUGUCAGCUGAAAGUGUGUACGACCUUCUUCCAUAUGUAGAACUCUAUGGUUAUUUCUAUAAUGGUCUCAACCUUGAUGAUGGCAAAGUAGACCCUUGCAUUCCUCAGAAGGAUAUGUUUUAUAAUGGUUUGUAUUACGUAGCUGUAAGCAACAAUGAGGAUGGAGACACCUAUGAUAUUGUCAGGGAUAUGGGUCUGAAAAUCUUUACCAAUCUCCAUUACCGGAAACCAAAAAUAUGUUCAAUGGAGAGGAUGCCAUUUCCUAUGCCAUUGGAACUAGACAGAGAAUUAUAUGAACUGAUAUCCAGUGCCCCAUCUAGAAUUGCAUUCACGAAGGACAACUCUGACUCUGUAGAAUGGGCUAAAAUGGAAACAGUAAGAGCAAACUUUCCAGAGACAUGGAUAUGGGACCUCGUCAGAGUCAAUUCCUCAGGUUCAGCAAAUCUUUCAUUCCUCAUUCCCGACACUAUAACUCAAUGGGAAACAAAUGGCUUCUGUGUGAAUGGAGAUGCUGGAUUUGGCAUUUCGUCAACAAUUGCUCUGGAAGUCUCCCAAUCUUUUUUUGUUGAAAUGACCUUACCAUUUUCAGUUGUUCGAAAUGAACAAUCCGAUGUGAUUGUCAGUGUUUUCAGCUACCUGAAUACAUGUGCAGAGAUUUCUGUUCAACUGGAAUCAUCUCAGAAUUUUGAGGCAAAUAUCCAGACCCCUAAAAACAAUGGCAGUGAGAUUAUUCAAGCUGGAGAGAGGAAAACAUAUGUCUGGACUCUUGCACCUAAGAAAUUGGGUAAAGUGAAUAUCACUGUAGUUGCUGAGUCCAAACAAAGUAGUGCUUGCCCAAAUGGAACAACCGAGCAGCGAAAUCUAAACUGGAAAGAUACUGUGGUCAAAAGUUUAUUGGUAGAGCCUGAAGGUAUUGAAAAAGAAAUGACUCAAAGUUUCCUUAUCUGUACAAAAGGUACCAAAGCCUUCACACAGAUAGUUUUAGAUUUGCCACAUGGUGUGGUAGAAGGAUCCGCCAGGGCCUUUUUCACUGUUGUGGGGGAUCUUCUAGGACUUGCAAUGCAGAAUCUGGAGAAUCUUCUCCAAAUGCCCUGUGGAUGUGGAGAACCAAAUAUUGCCCUUCUAGCGUCUGAUACCUAUGUCCUUGACUAUCUGAAAUCUACCAAACAAUUGACAGAGGAAGUUAAAUCUAAGGCUUUUCUUUUCUUAUCUAAUGGUUAUCAAAAGCAAUUGUCUUUCAAAAACCCUGAUGGCUCAUAUAGUAUGUUUUGGCAAAGGAAUCAGAAAGGAAGCUUAUGGCUCAGUGCCCUUACUUUUAAGACAUUAGAGGGAAUGAAGAAAUAUAUUUUCAUUGAUGAACAAGUUCAACAACAGACCUUGAUCUGGCUUUCAAGCCAACAGGAAAGCAAUGGCUGCUUCAAAAGUGAUGGCAAGCUUUUCAACAAUGCCUGGGAGGUUGGAGAUGAAGAGGACAUUUUACUCACUGCUUACGUUGUUGGAGCGUUCCUUGAAGCUGGGCUCAAUUUCACUUUUCCUGCUCUACGAAAUGGCCUCUUCUGCCUAGAGGAAGCAUUGGAAAAUGGUGUCACCAAUGGCUAUAAUCAUGCAAUGCUAGCUUAUGCUUUUGCAUUAGUGGGAAAACCGGACAAAGUGGAAUUCUUACUCCAGAUCCUGGAUAAAGAUGCUACAAAAAUAAAUAACAUGAUAUAUUGGGAAAGCUCAAAGAAACCCAAGACAGAAGCAUCCCCAUUCUUUAUUCCUGGGACACUUUCUGCUAAGACUGAGAAGACUUGCUAUGUGCUGUUGGCUAUCGUUUCCCAGAAAACUCCUGACCUCACUUAUGCUAGUAAGAUUGUGCAGUGGCUUGUCCAACAAAUGAAUUCCCAUGGAGGCUUCUCUUCCACCCAGGGCACUGCUGUAUGUCUUCUUGCCAUAACCCGCUACAUGAAGUUAACCUUCUCUAAUGGCGAAAACAAUGUCACCUUUAGCAGUGAAGAAUCCAGUGAGGUUUUCCAGGUUAACAGUGAUAACCGCUUACUGGUCCAACGUUCAGAACUAACAAAAGCAGGUGGACAAUACACAGUAGGUGUGGAAGGACAAGGCUGUGCAUUUAUCCAGGCUACCCUUAGGUAUAAUGUGCUAUUACCUAACAAAGCAUCUGGAUUUUCCCUUUCCUUGGAAAUGGCAAAGAAAAACUCUUCAGAGAUAUUCCAGAGUAAUUUUGACUUGACUGUAACCUUCAAAUACAUUGGAAUGCACAAUAACUCCAAUAAGGUUCUUGUUGAUAUAAAAAUGCUAUCAGGAUUUACUCCAGUCAUGUCAUCCAUUGAGGAGCUUGAAAACAGUGGCCAAGUGAUGAAGAUUGAAGUCAAAAAUGACCAUGUUCUUUUCUACUUGGAAAAUGUUUCUGAUACAGCAAACAGUGUUACUUUCUCUGUUGAGCAAAGCAACCUUGUGUCCAACACUCAGCCAGCCCCAGUCAUGGUCUAUGAUUAUUAUGAAAAAGAUGAGUAUGCCAUUGCUUUUUACAAUGUCAACAAUGUUUCAGUUUCUCAGUGAGACAAAACAAGACACAGGUGGAAAGCAAUUUACUUUGAACAAACUCAUUCUUCUGUAUCCAACAUGGAAGAAAACUAUGCAUAUUCUGUAAACUGCUAUGACUUCUCUUCACAUUUUAUUUCUUUAUUAUCCAUUAAAUGCUGUGAUUU